AUGAAUCCUGACAAAUUCACCCACAAGACAAAUGAAGCUUUGGCUUCAGGUCAUGAACUCGCAAUGAAUGCUGGACAUGCACAGUUCACACCGCUACACAUUGCAGCAGCUUUAAUUUCCGACCAUAAUGGAAUAUUCCGGCAAGCAAUAAACAAUGCCGGUGGUGAAGAAGCGGGUAAUUCAGCGGAGAGGGUUUUCAAUCAAGCGUUGAAGAAACUCCCUUCCCAAUCCCCUCCCCCUGAUGAAGUUCCAGCAAGUACUUCUCUAAUCAAGACAAUUCGUCGUGCCCAAUCUUCACAAAAAUCCCGUGGUGACACCCAUUUGGCUGUGGACCAGUUGAUUUUGGGCAUUCUUGAAGAUUCCCAAAUUUCAGAACUUUUUAAAGAAGCUGGAGUUGGUGCAUCGAGGGUGAAAAGCGAGGUAGAAAAGCUUCGGGGUAAAGAAGGGAAGAAGGUGGAAAGUGCUUCAGGGGAUACUAAUUUCCAAGCUCUCAAGACAUAUGGUCGUGAUCUUGUAGAGCAAGCAGGGAAGCUUGACCCUGUAAUUGGGAGAGAUGAGGAAAUUAGGAGAGUGAUUAGGAUUUUAUCAAGAAGGACGAAGAACAAUCCUGUUCUUAUCGGUGAACCUGGUGUGGGAAAAACUGCUGUUGUUGAAGGAUUAGCUCAAAGGAUUCUUAGAGGUGAUGUCCCAAGUAAUCUUGCUGAUGUGAGAGUUAUAGCAUUGGAUAUGGGAGCUCUAAUUGCUGGAGCUAAGUAUAGAGGGGAGUUUGAGGAGAGAUUGAAAGCAGUUUUGAAAGAAGUGGAAGACGCUGAAGGGAAGGUGAUAUUAUUCAUCGAUGAAAUCCACCUUGUUCUUGGAGCGGGUCGUACGGAAGGAUCCAUGGAUGCUGCAAAUCUGUUCAAGCCCAUGCUUGCUAGGGGUCAACUCCGGUGCAUUGGUGCAACCACUUUAGAGGAGUACAGAAAGUAUGUGGAAAAAGAUGCUGCUUUUGAGAGACGUUUCCAGCAGGUUUUAGUGGCUGAACCUAGUGUUCCUGACACCAUAAGCAUUCUUAGAGGGUUGAAAGAGAGAUAUGAAGGUCAUCAUGGUGUUAGGAUUCUUGAUCGUGCUCUUGUUGUUGCUGCUCAACUUUCAAGCCGAUACAUAACUGCACGUUUUCUGCCUGAUAAGGCUAUUGACCUUGUGGAUGAGGCCUGUGCAAAUGUUAGGGUACAACUUGAUAGUCAACCAGAAGAAAUAGACAAUCUUGAAAGGAAAAGGAUGCAAUUAGAAGUCGAGCUUCAUGCUUUGGAGAAAGAAAAAGACAAAGCAAGCAAAGCUCGUCUUGUUGAAGUGAAAAAGGAGCUUGAUGACUUGAGAGAUAAGCUUCAACCACUGAUGAUGAAAUACAAGAAGGAAAAAGAACGAAUCGAUGAAAUCCGCAGACUGAAACAGAAAAGAGAAGAGCUUUUAGUAGCACUACAAGAAGCAGAAAGAAGAUACGAUCUAGCAAGAGCUGCAGAUUUGAAAUUCGGAGCAGUUCAAGAAGUGGAAACCGCAAUAGCAAAACUCGAAGGAACAACAGAUGAAAAUGUGAUGUUGACAGAAACAGUGGGACCCGAUCAGAUAGCUGAGGUGGUGAGUCGAUGGACCGGGAUCCCGGUGACUCGACUCGGAACCAAUGAGAAAGAGCGGUUGAUCGGGUUAUCCGAUCGGUUGCAUCAACGGGUCGUGGGUCAAGACCAGGCGGUGAACGCGGUGGCUGAAGCGGUGCUGAGGUCACGAGCCGGGCUCGGGAGGGCUCAGCAGCCGACCGGAUCCUUCCUGUUUCUGGGUCCCACAGGUGUUGGGAAAACCGAGCUUGCAAAGGCUCUUGCAGAGCAGUUGUUUGAUGAUGAGAAGCUGAUGAUUAGAAUCGAUAUGUCGGAGUAUAUGGAGCAGCAUUCGGUGUCACGGCUGAUCGGAGCUCCACCGGGGUAUGUUGGUCAUGAAGAAGGUGGGCAGUUGACCGAGGCUGUGAGGAGGAGACCAUACAGUGUUGUGCUGUUUGAUGAAGUUGAAAAAGCUCAUCAAUCGGUGUUCAAUACGCUUCUUCAGAUGUUGGAUGAUGGAAGGUUGACCGAUGGUCAAGGUCGAACGGUUGACUUCACAAACACAGUCAUCAUCAUGACUUCGAAUCUUGGAGCUGAGUAUUUGCUAAAAGGGUUGUCUGGGAAAACAACAAUGGAGAAGGCUCGGGAAAUGGUGAUGGGAGAAGUGAGGAAGCAUUUCAAACCAGAGCUUCUAAACAGACUCGAUGAGAUUGUGGUGUUUGAUCCUUUAUCUCGUGAUCAGUUGAGGAAAGUUGCUCGGCUUCAGUUGAAGGAUGUGGCUGUUCGAUUGGCUGAGAGGGGUGUUGCUUUGGGUGUUACUGAAGCUGCAUUGGAUGUGAUACUGAGUCAGAGUUAUGAUCCGGUGUAUGGGGCAAGACCAAUCAGGAGAUGGCUGGAGAGGAGGGUGGUGACUGAGUUGUCGAAGAUGCUGAUAAGAGAAGAGAUCGAUGAGAACUCGACUGUGUACAUAGAUGCAGAUAUGAAUGGGGAGGACUUGAGUUAUAGAGCAGAAAGGAAUGGUGGAGUGGUGAAUGCUGCAACAGGGGAGAAAUCUGAUGUGUUGAUUCAUGUUGUGAAUGCAAAUGCAGAUGGUGGGCCUCGUAGUGAUGCUGCACAGGCUGUGAAGAGGAUGAAGAUCGAGGAGGUGGAUGAUGAUGAUGAUGAAAUGGAUGAUGAGUAACGUGUAACGUGUUUUUAAUUGUAAAUUUCUGGGUGUUAGUGUCAAGUAUAUGUUUGUUUUGAGGUGUGUUGGAAUGUAAGCGAGGAAUGUGUUUGUUUUGAAAAUCUGAAAUGAAAGCUUUCUUUGUUCUUUAAUCAAAGAUUUUUUGUCGUG